CCUGCCGCCGGGUUACUUCCACGACUCGGUCGGGAUGGCGACGGCGAUGGCGGCCACUCGCGGACUCCGCGACCUGCUGAUGCGGCGACUGGCAGCUCCCAGCGGCCCGGGCUUCGGCCUUGGCCUCCGCCCGCUGGGCACCUCCGCCCACGGCGAGGCCCCCAGAGCAGCCGCCUGCGAAGCCCCGGGCCACAGCUACGAGUCCCUCCUGGUGACGGCUGCCCAGAAGCACGUCCUGCAUGUGCAGCUGCACCGGCCCGACAGGAGGAACGCCAUGAACAGGGCUUUCUGGAGCGAGAUGGUGGAGUGCUUCAACAAGAUAGCGCAAGACUCCGAGUGCCGGGCCGUGGUGAUCUCAGGGGCGGGGAAGAUGUUCACGUCAGGCAUCGACCUCAUGGACGUGGGUUCCGACCUCCUGCAGCCGAAAGGAGACGACCCGGCCCGCAUCAGCUGGUACCUCCGUGACCUCAUCCGCAGGUACCAGGAGACCUUUAGCGUCAUCGAGAAGUGCCCCAAGCCCGUGAUCGCCGCCAUCCACGGGGGCUGCAUUGGCGGGGGUGUGGACCUAGUCACUGCCUGUGACAUCCGGUACUGUGCCCAGGAUGCUUUCUUCCAGGUGAAGGAGGUGGACAUAGGCUUGGCUGCCGAUGUGGGGACGCUGCAGCGGCUGCCCAAGGUCAUCGGAAACCGGAGCCUGGUCAAUGAGCUGGCCUUCACCGCCCGCAAGAUGAUGGCUGACGAGGCCCUGAGCAGCGGGCUGGUCAGCCGUGUGUUCCCGGACAAGGAGGUCAUGCUGGACGCGGCCUUCGCCCUGGCGGCCGAGAUUUGCAGCAAGAGCCCGGUGGCCGUGCAGAGCAGCAAGGUCAACCUGGUCUACUCCCGGGACCACACCGUGGCCGAGAGCCUCGACUACAUGGCGACCUGGAACAUGAGCAUGCUGCAGACCCAGGACAUCAUGAAGUCCGUCCAGGCCGCGAUGGAGAAGAAGGACCUCAAAAGCGUCGCCUUCUCCAAGCUCUGAGGGCCUCGCCCUGUGCCUCCCCGCGGGCGGCUCCCCUCCGCUGGGGUGGGGGACGAGCGGGGCCGGGGCGCCGUAGCUGUAAGGUGCUGGCCUCCUCAUCCUCGUGAUCAAUAAAGCCUUGUGAAGA